AUGUUUUUUGGCAAAACCUCAAACUUUUCACAGGGAAAAUCAGCCCUAUCACAAACUCCAAGAUCUUUAGAACAUCGUAAUUCAAGAGCUAAACAAAAUCGUACAACCAUUAGUUUUAAAGAAUAUAUAGAAGCCGAAUUGAGCAGUAAACCUGUAUUUACGACAAAUCAAGGGAAAACAAAAACCGAUUCAGGUUUUGAAAACGGUAAUAAGGAAAAAUCAAAUUCGGCAACGUCGGAUGGUGCAAGAAACAAUUCAUCGCCAAGAUAUUCUUUUGCAAGUGAGUAUUUAAAUAAUUUUUACUAA